AUGAGCAAGCCGGCGGGAUCAACAAGUCGCAUUUUAGACAUCCCUUGCAAAGUCUGUGGGGACCGCAGCUCCGGAAAGCACUAUGGGGUUUACGCCUGCGAUGGGUGCUCGGGAUUUUUCAAGAGGAGCAUCAGGAGGAAUAGGACCUAUGUUUGCAAAUCAGGAAAUCAGGGAGGUUGCCCGGUGGACAAGACGCACAGGAACCAGUGCCGAGCCUGCCGGCUGAAGAAGUGCCUGGAGGUCAACAUGAACAAAGAUGCGGUGCAGCACGAGCGGGGCCCCCGGACGUCGACGAUACGGAAGCAGGUGGCUCUCUACUUCCGCGGGCACAAGGAGGAGAGCGGCGGAGCCCCGCACUUCCCCGCUGCCGCCCUGCCGGCACCCGCCUUCUUCACCGCCGUCUCCCAGCUGGAGCCCCAUGGCCUGGAGCUGGCCGCUGUCACUGGCACCCCGGAGAGACAGGCUCUGGUGGGCCUGGCACAGCCCACCCCAAAGUACCCACAUGAAGUCAACGGCACCCCUAUGUAUCUCUACGAAGUGGCCACUGAAUCCGUCUGCGAGUCAGCAGCCAGACUUCUGUUCAUGAGCAUCAAGUGGGCCAAAAGUGUCCCAGCCUUCUCCACCUUGUCCUUACAAGACCAGCUGAUGCUUUUGGAAGAUGCUUGGAGAGAACUGUUUGUUCUAGGAAUAGCACAAUGGGCCAUUCCAGUUGAUGCUAACACUCUACUGGCUGUAUCUGGCAUGAACGGUGACAAUACAGAUUCUCAGAAGCUGAAUAAAAUUAUUUCAGAAAUACAGGCCUUACAGGAGGUUGUGGCUAGAUUUAGACAACUUCGGCUAGAUGCUACUGAAUUUGCCUGUCUCAAAUGCAUUGUCACUUUUAAAGCUGUGCCCACACACAGUGGUUCUGAACUGAGGAGUUUCCGAAAUGCUGCUGCCAUAGCAGCCCUUCAAGAUGAAGCCCAGCUCACCCUGAACAGCUACAUUCACACCAGGUAUCCCACACAACCCUGUCGUUUUGGAAAACUUCUAUUGCUUUUACCAGCUUUACGUUCAAUUAGUCCAUCUACAAUAGAAGAAGUGUUUUUCAAAAAGACCAUUGGGAAUGUACCAAUUACAAGACUGCUUUCAGAUAUGUACAAAUCCAGUGACAUAUAA